AUGUACUACACAGCCUACAACCCCGAAUCCAACAUCCCCAACGCGGCAAGUUUAAACAGCAGUGGCAGCCAUUCAAUGUCCAAUUCCAGUUACACCACAGACCUCAAAACCGGAGCCGCCGUAGAAGUUAUUCUCCCCGUUCUCGCUACCUUCGGCAUCUUCCUACGUUUCUACAUCCGCAUCAAAAACUCCAUUUCCAUAAAAUGGGACGACUACUUCAUCCUUUUGUCUCUACCAUUAACGUGGGCACUCUGGGCUAUAUGGGUUUAUAUCACCGUAACAAUUGUCCCGUCUACAAUAUCCACAUUACCUUUGGACCGACUAUCGAAAUUCCUGUUAUGGCUAUGGAUUCACGAUCUCUGCAAUGUUCUCGCGGUGAUGUUGAUUAAAAUCUCAAUCGUACUAUUUUACUACCGAGCCUUCGCAACGACCCAAAAGGCCAAAUACUGGCUUUCCGGAAUAUUCCUCCUCAGUAUCCUCCAGUUUAUAAUGCGAAUAGUGAACAUCUUCGUCAGCUGUUUCCCACUAAAGGACACCUGGGAGAACCCCUGGAACUGUCCAUCACCCGAAAACGGCGGAACAGAUUAUCUCCACAAGUUAACCAUAGUAACAGAGGUAUUCGGACUAUUCACGGAGUUUAUGUUAUUAAUCUACCCGUUCCCGUUUGUUUGGAAGUCGCAUUUGGAGAUAUCGAAAAAAUUGGCGUUGUGUAUUGUUUUCUUCACGGGGUUUGUCACUUGUGCGACACAGGCGGUGAGGAUUUAUGUGUUAGAGAUGUAUUUGUAUCAUCCGUCGGAUCUGGGGAGGGAUGUUACGGCUCCGAGUUUGGUGCUUUGCGCUCUGUUUGAAACCGGAUUGGGGACUUUUGUGGUCUGUGUGGUGGCGAUUUGGGGCCCCGUUAGGGAGUAUUUCAGGGGGGUGUUACUCGGGAAGGUGAAGAAUGUUGGAAUAACAGAUAGUUUACCUACGCAGGAGAAAAGGAGGUCUGGGAGGAAUAGUAGGACUAUCGUACCGGUUAGUUCUACGGGAGGGACUAUGACCACCGGGACUUCGACAUUGGUGGGGGGAGUGGAUAAGAGGGGGGAAUUAGUGGGGAGUCCAGUUGUGAGUGAGAGGUCGGGGCUGAUGACGCCGUACCCUACUGAGGAUCUGGAGGAAAUGGAACCUUGGGGGAGGAAUAUAGCUGGAAUAUCGAGGACAUCCUAG